AUGAAAAAUCCGAAAUUCAACGAGAAAUUCAACAAAAUAUUUAAUCUUGAAUUAUAUCAAAAUAAUCCAUCGGAUUAUGUUCAUUCACAUUUAGAUCAAAUUAUUUCAUUACUUCUUUAUGCUUGGGCAAUAGCUAAUAAACCACAAUCUCCUAAAGAUACACAAAUAGUUGCUUUAUUACUUUUUAUUUCAAGUGAAAGCAAAGGACUUCUAGAACAAAUUCGAACAGGUGAAGGCAAAACUCUUAUCUUAGGACUAACGGCAGCAUUUUUUGCACUAUGUGGGUAUGCUGUUGAUGUUGUUUCGAGUAAUCGAGAUUUAGCUAUAGAUGGUGAACAAAAAUGUCGUACAUUUUUUGAAUUACUUAAACUUGAAAGUGGUCAUAUAUGUAGUGAAAAUGAUGAUAUUAAUCAUCAAUCUUAUAGACCAGAUUUAAGUACAAAACAAGGUAAUAUUGUUUAUGGAGAAGUAGGAGCAUUUCAACGUGAUAUUUUAGAAGAUGAAUUCAAUAAUAAAAAAAUAUUUGGUAUUCGAUAUAAAGAUCGUGAAAAAUGUUUGAUAAUUGAUGAAGUUGAUAAUAUGUGUUUAGAUCGUGCGAGACAUGUUCUUUAUCUUUCACAUGAAAUAGCAAGUCUAAAAUGGCUUGAAACAUUAUUUAUUAAUUUAUGGGCUGCUGUACUUCGAACAGAAGUUAAUAAUUCAAAUGAGAUUUCUCAAAAUAUUGAAGAUAUAUCUUGUUUUAUGAAAAAAAAUAUUGAGAAUAAGAAUAUUUAUGUUCCUGAGUAUUUAAAUGAUUAUGUUGAUUAUAAAUUAAAACGUUGGAUAGAUAGUGCAUUUCAAGCAAGAAUUAUGCGAGAAGAUGAUCAUUUUGUUUUGGAUAUACCUAAAGCAGAUGGUCAAAAUAUACAAAAACAUCGAACUAUUAUCGUAGUUGAUAAAGAUACAGGUACUGAACAAUAUUCUACACGAUGGAGUAAGGGUUUAGCACAAUUUUUAGAAUUAAAAUAUCGAAGAAAAUUAUCUGUUGAAAGUUUAAAAGCAGUUUUUAUUUCUAAUAAAAUAUUUUUUCAACGAUAUAAAACUCAUCUUUAUGCAUUAACAGGAAUAUUAGGAUCAGAAAAUUCUCAACGUUUUUUAGCUGAUUUAUAUAAUGUACAAUUUGCAGAUUUACCUACAUCGAGAAAAAAAUCUUAUUAUCAAUUUCCUAGUAAAGUAUCAUUUGAACAUGAAGAUUGGCUUGAUUCUAUAGCUCGAGAAAGCAUUCAACAAGUGAAAAUAAGACCAGUUUUAAUUAUUUAUGAAAAUGUUGAUUUCAACAGAAAAUAUUUGGAAUGA